ACUGAUGCUGAACCUGAAGGACAGGAUUCUUGAGACGAUAGUGCAUAGUGAUCUAAUUUUAGAAACAGGGCAAAGAGUGUUAGGCUAAUAUGCGUCAAGGUCAAUUAGGCAGUCAUGAUAGGACAUCGCAGCAAGGGUGAUGGAGGUGGGGGUUGAGACAACAACGUAUUUUCCAACUAUCAAACCUCAACUGCCAGUCGCCAUAUAAAUGAACAUCGCACCCUGUCAGGCUCAUUCACUAUUAACUGCUAUAGUGUUCAUCUCUUGACAUCUCAAGUGCAUCGUAAACAAGUCCAGCCAUGUUUGGUUUUCUGAUCAUAGCCAGCACUAUUGCGUUAGUGCAUGGGCAGUAUCUACCAUCCGAGUAUGGACCCCCGCCUGGGGGACUGUAUACUUCUCCAGCGCCACCUGCUCCAGUCUAUUCAGCACCUGCACCACCCCCUCCACCACCCCCUCCACCUGCUCCAGCUCCAGUCUACUCAGCACCUGCCCCUCCACCACCACCACCUCCCCAACCACCUGCUCCAGCACCAGUCUAUUCAGCACCUGCCCCUCCACCUCCACCACCCACACCAGCACCAGUCUAUUCAGCACCUGCCCCUCCACCACCACCACCACCUCCACCUGCUCCAGCCCCAGUCUAUUCAGCUCCAGCACCCACAUAUGCUGCUCCAGCACCCACCUACUCAGCCCCAGAACAAGGAGCUGGUCCAUCUCCAACAGAAGGCUCUGAACUGAAGGGCAAUGAAAUUGUUCUGCCUCAAAACACAAAGCUCGACAUCCGCGACAAGAACGGCCAGUACUCUCAUGGAUUCUCUGACAACCAAGGAACGUCUAUCAGUGAGCAAGGAAGCCUUAUCUCGACCAAUGAGGGAUGGGAGUAUGUUCUAGUCAAGAAGGGAAGCUAUGCCUACACAAGUCCUGAAGGAAAAAGGAUAACUGUCAACUACAUUGCGGAUCAAAAUGGAUACAGAGUGCUAGGUGAAGAUGUUCAAUAGGUGCCUAUCGAAAAUUAUAAUUAUUGGAUGACUGCUAUACUUUGAAAAAUCACUUUUCAAAAAGACUUACUGACAUUUUUGCCUAUAAUGACUGAAGUCAUUCUGACACAUCUAGUACCUAAAGAUUAAAUAAUCUUACAGGAAAAUUCAAUCAAAAGAUUGCUAUGUAACCCACUUUUGUAGGGAAGUAUCAUUCAAUAGAGCAGGUUUCUUCAGGAUAGAUUUCAUUAUAGAGUUAUAAUUUUUGUUUCAGAUAAUCAUUAUCUUUGUUCGUCAUGUUUGUCAUAUCUUUAAAUUCAAUGAAAACAUUUUGCCAUUCAUCAUAGAUUGUUUUUGAAGAAUCAGUUUCUCAUUAGCAUCUUCGAUUCUAGUCAUAAAAAUGUAUAACUUUGCUAAUGUUCAUUUGAUAAUACCUCAUAUAAAAUAAAAUUAUAUUAAUCAUACAAUUAUUCGCCUAUAUUAUCCUCGCUGUUAUCGGAUGGACACGUUACUGUCGGUCCCGGCUGAAGUAUGACAGUCGUAAGGCCCAUUGACGGCUUGAAUUAUAUAUUCAGGCGGUGAGACCUUCCCGCAAGGGACUCCCCACCAACAAAAGCCAUACGAAUUUACUUUUUUACUAUCCUCGCUUAUUUGAGAGGUUUACAAAUCACUGAAAAUGUUAUCUAUUUUUUUCAUCUCCUCAGAUGAAAACUACAUUUGAAAAGUGUAUCAAUGGUUCUUAUUGUAAAAAUUUUAUUGAAAUUGUAAAGAAUAUGUCAAAAUUAGUAUAAUCUUAGUAAAUGAACUAUUGUAUAUAGUAUAGAAUUCAUAAGAUAUUUAUUUAUUGAAGGUGCAUAAUAUUUAUUGUAAGAUUGAUCAGUUAACUCUGUCUCAGAGUUGAGAAGGAAUUAUAAUUUAAGAUAGAAAAUAAGAACACAAAUUGUGUAAAUAAAAUAGUAUUUCAAUGUUU